UGUGUGUGUUUGUGUGUGUCUUGUUCUCCAGCCGCGGUGUGUCAGUUUCGGUGGCCGGAGUGGGAUGCUGCGCCGGGGCCGCCGCCGGUGGGCUCUCCGGGGACUUACCUGAGCAGGUGGAGGAGGAGACGCAGCCAGCCAGGAUCGAUCCCCAGCCUCUCCCCCCUAAAAAAAAAAAAAUCUGAAUUAAUCUUUGAUUGGGGAGAUCAAAGCCCCCCACCCCACCCUUUGGUUAUUAUUAUUAUUAUUAUUGAUUGGCCACGGAUCGAGCGCUUGAGGAGGGGCAUCCUCGGGAGGAGAGCCGCCUGCCCCCUCCCUCCGCGACCCCCCCCCAGCCAUGGCCCAAGCGGGGGCUCAGCUCAACCUCCUGGAGCCCACUUGCCCCAUCCAGGUGGAGCACGACCGGAAAAGGAGGCAGUUCACCGUCAGGCUGAAUGGUUGCCACGACAAAGCCGUACUCUUGUACGAGUAUGUGGGGAAAAGAAUAGUGGAUUUGCAACAUACGGAAGUACCUGAUGCCUACAGGGGGAGAGGAAUAGCGAAGCAUCUUGCAAAGGCAGCCUUGGAUUUUGUGGUUGAAGAGGACUUGAAAGCCCACCUCACGUGCUGGUAUAUUCAGAAAUACGUCAAGGAGAACCCACUGCCGCAGUACCUGGAGCGUUUGCAAUCUUAAUACCGGAAAAAGGACAAGAAGCU